GGAGGUGGAGGCGGUGGCGGCGGCGGCGGCGGUGGCGGCGGCAGUGGCAGUUGCAGCGGCGGUGGCGGGAGCGGCGGGAGCCCGAGGCGGCGGCGCCCGCGGCCUAUCGCGGGGCCCGAGCUGUGCGCCGCGGCCCGGAGCUCGGACCCGGCGGGAGCACCGACGUGCCUCUGCCUGCCUUUGAGGAGGCGGGAGUGAGGAAAAAGGCUUAGGGCCCAGGGGGCGGGGAAGGGGGGCCGGGCCUGGAUCCGCGGGGAGGCCGAGCCAGAGGCCCGACCGUGGCUCGCGCGGUCCCGGGGACACGAAUCGAACGUCGGCGGCGCGGAUCGAACGUCGGCGGCGGGUGGAACGCGGGGCCCCGGAGGCGCGCGUGCGGGGGCUAUGGCGUCCGUGCAGGCUUCCCGCCGCCAGUGGUGCUACCUGUGCGACCUGCCCAAGAUGCCGUGGGCCAUGGUGUGGGACUUCAGUGAGGCCGUGUGCCGCGGCUGCGUGAACUUCGAGGGCGCGGAUCGCAUCGAGCUGCUCAUCGAUGCCGCCCGGCAGCUCAAGCGAAGCCACGUGCUCCCCGAGGGCCGCUCGCCGGGGCCCCCGGCCCUCAAGCACCCGGCCACUAAGGACCUGGCAGCCGCCGCUGCACAGGGGCCUCAGUUGCCGCCUCCACAGGCCCAGCCCCAGCCGUCGGGGACAGGCGGCGCUGUCUCAGGCCAGGACCGCUAUGACAGGGCCACAUCGUCGGGCCGCCUCCCCUUGCCCUCGCCCGCCCUGGAGUACACCCUGGGGUCCCGCCUGGCCAAUGGACUGGGCCGCGAGGAGGCUGUGGCGGAGGGGGCGCGAAGGGCCCUGCUUGGCUCCAUGCCCGGCUUGGUGCCCCCCGGGCUGCUGGCAGCUGCGGUGUCUGGCCUGGGAAGCCGAGGUCUGACGCUGGCACCCGGCUUGAGUCCUGCCCGUCCAGCCUUCGGCUCCGAUUUCGAGAAGGAGAAGCAGCAGAGGAAUGCGGACUGUCUGGCAGAAUUGAACGAGGCCAUGAGGGGCCGGGCAGAGGAAUGGCACGGGCGCCCCAAAGCCGUGCGGGAACAGCUGCUGGCGCUGUCUGCCUGCGCCCCUUUCAAUGUCCGUUUCAAGAAGGAUCACGGGCUGGUGGGACGGGUGUUCGCCUUCGAUGCUACUGCCCGCCCUCCAGGCUACGAGUUCGAGCUGAAGCUCUUCACCGAAUACCCCUGUGGUUCUGGCAACGUGUAUGCUGGAGUCCUGGCCGUGGCUCGCCAGAUGUUUCAUGAUGCUCUGCGGGAGCCGGGCAAGGCGCUGGCCUCAUCAGGCUUCAAGUACCUCGAAUAUGAACGCCGACACGGCUCAGGGGAAUGGCGCCAGCUAGGGGAGCUGUUAACCGACGGUGUCCGCACCUUCCGCGAGCCAGCUCCCGCCGAGGCCCUGCCCCAACAGUAUCCAGAGCCAGCCCCUGCAGCUCUUUGUGGCCCCCCGCCACGAGCCCCAUCCAGGAAUCUGGCCCCCACGCCACGCCGUCGCAAGGCGUCCCCUGAGCCGGAGGGCGAGGCGUCUGGGAAGAUGACCGCCGAGGAGCUGCAGCAGCGGCACUGGGCGGCCCCCGGCGGCCCGUUCUCCGCCGACACCCCUGGUGUGCCCUCGCCCAUCGCCGCCCUGAAGAACGUGGCCGAGGCCCUUGGCCACUCCCCCAAGGACCCUGCUGGGGCUGCGGGCCCUGUGCGUGCAGGGGGCGCCAGCCCCGCAGCCUCCUCCGCGGCGCAGCCUCCAGCCCAGCAUCGUCUAGUGGCCCGAAACGGUGAGGCGGAAGUUAGCCCCACAGCAGGGGCGGAAGCUGUUAGCGGGGGUGGUAGCGGCACCGGGGCGACCCCUGGGGCCCCCCUGUGCUGUACCCUAUGCCGGGAGCGGCUGGAAGACACCCACUUCGUCCAGUGCCCCUCAGUGCCCGGACACAAGUUUUGCUUUCCCUGCUCACGGGAGUUCAUCAAGGCACAGGGUCCUGCCGGGGAGGUGUACUGCCCCAGUGGAGACAAGUGCCCGCUAGUGGGCUCCUCUGUCCCCUGGGCCUUCAUGCAAGGCGAGAUCGCCACCAUCCUUGCUGGAGACAUCAAGGUUAAGAAAGAACGGGACCCCUAGGCCACCACUGCCACCAGUCUACUGCCCAUCCGCCCCCCCUUGCCACCCACCGCCGCUGCGGAUAAAUUAUUCCCACCCAGCCCAGUGUCUCCCCCGCCUGUGUACAUACCCCCUUCCUUAUCCCAGAUGGGUCCCCUCCUUAUCCCAGAUGGGUCCCCUGGGGUAGAUGCAUUGAGGGUGGGGGGAACAAACUUGUGGCUUCUGUCCGAGGGGGUGUUUGGGGUCCCUUGACCCCUCCGGUUACCCUCUCCCCUCCUUGGCUUGGCUUUGCUGCUGCUUGUAGUUGGAGGAGAGGUGUCCCCGACCCUCCUUGAGAAGGGGCCUCCUGAAAUCUCGCUCUUUAUAAACGAAGCAAAAGCAUUUUAUUGCCCCCCCCUCCCCUACCCCGUCUCCCUCCUUCAAUAAACCGAAAGAUGGGUUUUUUCCUUCUUGGUCCCUUAGUUGCGUGAGAUGCUGCGCCCCCUUUGGGACCGAACUGAUCCUGCAGGGAAAAGGACGUUGCCUUGUAGCCUCCAGGUGGCGCCCUUCACUCAGGUGGGCCGC